AUGGGGACUGAACCAGUCCUGCUCGUGGCAAUUCAGUUCAACCUGCUCCUCUACGGACUGAGGAGCUUGAAAGAAGAUAUUCUGGCAACGACAGACAAGAACCUGACGAUUUUCUCCAUUGACUAUGACUUGCUGGAUCAGAAAGUCUUCUGGACAGAUCUCGGUGCAGAAAGCAUUCAGUGGCUAAGCAUGGACACCAAGAAGACAGGGACUGUAGUAAAAGGAAUAAAGUCAGACUGCAUAGCGGUUGACUGGAUUGGGAGGAAUCUCUACUGGACCGAUGGGACGGCUGGCCAGAUUUUGGCAAUUCCGUUGACUGCUGUCUGGAGAGGAAAACCUGAGUACACGGUUGUCCUGGAUGACGGCUUGAAUCAACCACGGUCUUUGGCGUUAGACCCCCUAAACGGGUUAAUGUACUGGUCUGAAAAAGUUGGAGGAGAGUCUCGCAUAGAACAAGCUGGAAUGGAUGGCGGCAACAGAAAAGUGCUCAUCGAGCAAGGCCUGGGCUGGCCGACUAGCAUCGUUCUGGACCAGCUGAGUUGGAAGAUGUUCUGGUCUGACGACAAAUUUCACUGUAUUGGCUCUGCCAAUCUAGACGGGACUGGUGUUAGCAUGUUGCAGCUGACACAAAUCAAGAGUCCCUUUUCCGUCGCUGUGUUGGAAGACGAAGUCUUCUGGUCUGAAACAAAGACGAGAACAGUGCAGCGUAUGCAGAAGCUGACUGGCAAGAACAGGGCCAUCCUCAUCAAGCGUUUUGAACAGCCUUAUGGACUCAAGGUGAUGCAUGAAGUCCUGCAGCCCAGGUCCUCCAACCCUUGUCUGGACACUGGGUGUUCUCAUUUGUGCCUUCUGAGCCCACGAUCCAAGGGAAGCUGUCGUUGCCCGGUCGGGCUCCUGCUUGCAGAUGACAGUGUCAGCUGUGUCCCCGUCAAGGAGUCUGCAUUUCUGUUCCUUGCGUUGCCCACGGUUAUCACACAGAUUUAUCUGAAAAACCUAGAAGCUUUACUGGAACAAACAACUCUACCUGAACAUAGGACACUUCCCUUCACCAGUGUGAACCAGCUGGCCUCAGUGGACUACCUGGUCCAGGAAAAGGCCCUCUACCUCUCAGAGUUGGAGAGUGGUGAUAUCAGGCUACUGAGGCUCAAAGAAUCCGGAAAGCUCUCUUGGAGGAAAAUCCUAUCCGUGGCGGGGACAGUGAUCAACCUUGCUGUGGACUGGUUGAGUGGAAACAUAUACUGGAUUGACAGUGAGAAUCCUCAUAUCCAUGUAGUUUCAUCCAAAGGCCAGUAUUCCACUGUCAUGUUCAGCGAAAACCUGCACCGCCCAACCUGUGUGGCACUCCAUCCACCCACUAUGGUCAUGUGUUUUGUGGAUCUGCGUCCCCAGGGUGACGGUGGGCAUGGCUCCAGCAUUGACUGUGCCUUCAUGGAUGGCAGCAGGAGGAAGGUGCUGUGGCAGAAAUCCCAGGUCCCUGUGGGUCUGACCUUUUCAGAUUCAGGAACUCGAGUAUACUGGGCUGAUACUGGGAGAGGACUCAUAGAAAGUAUUCAACAAGACGGCUCGAGAUACAGAGUAGACCGCAGAGGAAUCUGGGGCCUUAACCUCUUUGCUUAUGGCCAAGGCAUGCUGUUCUGGACAACGGUUGAUGAUGCCCAAAUCACUAAAGUUUGGUACAGUGAGGCUGAACGCUCAGAAAACCGGUGGUUCGAAGUAGACCAGAAGAUUGUGGAUUUAAAAGUAUACAGCAAACUUCGUCAACAGGGUAGUCACAGCUGCUCAAACGACAAUGGAGGAUGUAGCCACAUUUGUUUACCGAAGCCUGGCGGACAGACCUGCAAGUGUCCCAGCAGGUACUACUUGGCCGACACAAACAGAUGCAUUGAAGCUGUCCGCUGCUCUGCGCCAUCACAGGCCUGUGAGGACGGUCGGACAUGCAUUUCCCCGGAGCAAGUGUGUGACGGCCGCGCUGACUGCCUGGAUGCGUCCGAUGAAAUGAGCUGUACCUCUCCAGAUAAAACCCAUUCAACGCCCACACCUGAAAAGCUGGAGGCUGCAAAAAGGGUCACUCCUAAAAUUACCCUGCAUCCCCAGGCUUCUGAGCCCCAAGAGGCUACUUCCCGGGGCCCAGAAGGGAUGACUCAUCCUGUGAGAAAAACACUGAUCCCUCCCGUCCCUGGUCGAGAAAGCAAGACCUCAGAAACCAAGGAAAGAGGGAAGCCUGUUCAGUCCAAGGACUCACAGAGGACAAAACAGCUGCCCUGUAGCAGUGAUUUCUGUAACGGGAGGGGUAUCUGCACAAUGGAGGGAGAGCUGAGAAAAUGCAGCUGUCUGGUGGAAAACAAUGGAGAGGUCUGUGAAGAGGCAGCGCGUGGGCCAGCCCUGAGCUACAUCACCCUCGGCUCAACCAUCGGCUUAUCAGUUGUCCUGGUGGCUCUGGGAGCGUUUGUGUGUUUCAGAAAAGACCGUAAACUAAAAAGAAACACAACAGCCUCAGCAAGAACUCUGGCCAGCCACAAAGAAGAUGACCAAGAAGGAGAGAAUCUAAUGAACACUGAGACUUUCGUCAAUGAAGCCUACGAUGAACAGGCGUUGUUAACCUCUGUGCAAACGGACUAAUCUGAUGAAGAAAAAA